UGGAAGUAAGCGGCGGGGUAGACUGUAGGUAACGGGGCUGAGAGACUGUUCGCGGAGUCCGUGAAGAUGAAUGCCAGAGGACUUGGAUCACAGCCAAAGGACAGUAUUCCAGUUACUGAACUUUCAGCAAGUGGACCCUUUGAAAGUCAUGAUCUUCUUCGGAAAGGUUUUUCUUGUGUGAAAAAUGAACUUUUGCCUAGUCAUCCUCUUGAAUUAUCAGAAAAAAAUUUCCAGCUCAACCAAGAUAAAAUGCAUUUUUCCACACUGAGAAACAUCCAAGGUCUAUUUGCUCCACUAAAACUACAGAUGGAAUCCAAGGCAGUGCAGCAGGUUCAGCGUCUUCCAUUUCUUUCGAGCUCAAACCUUUCACUGGAUAUUUUGAGAGGUAACGAUGAGACCAUUGGAUUUGAAGAUAUUCUUAAUGAUCCAUCACAAAGUGAAGUAAUGGGAGAACCACACCUGAUGGUGGAAUAUAAACUUGGUUUACUGGAAUACAUUGGGCUGUUUGUGAAAACAGAGGGGCCGCGUCUUUUUUAUGGUUGUUUUUUUACUGUGAUUUGAUGUAUACGACAUUGAAAGUGCUGA